CCCCGGGAGCGGCAGGAAGGGAGGUGGCGAGCGGGGGGAGGAAGCCCAAUCGCGCGGCGCCCCCGCCCCGGCCCCGCGCGGCGCCGCCUCUGCCAUUGCUGUGAGCGGGAGCGGGCGACGCGGAGGCUCCGAGUGCGGUCGGAGUCCAGACCUGCCGGAGCCGGGCGUGGGGCGGCAGCCUCGUGUCUCCCGGAACCAUGGUGAAGUUGGGGAACAAUUUCGCGGAGAAGGGUACCAAGCAGUCGCUGCUGGAGGAUGGCUUCGACACCAUCCCCCUGAUGACGCCCCUUGAUGUCAAUCAACUGCAGUUCCCGCCCCCGGAUAAGGUGGUUGUGAAAACUAAGACUGAAUAUGAACCUGACCGCAAGAAAGGCAAAGCACGUCCUCCCAAGAUAGCUGAGUUCACCGUCAGCAUCACCGAGGGUGUUACCGAGAGGUUCAAGGUGAGUGGCCCUGGAAGCGGAUGA